CGGCAACCUGGCGCGGCUAACCUAUUUUAUUGACAUAUGCCAAUUUUCUAGCUGUCAUUUGACACGUAUAAUUUUUUUUAAAAUGCAACACCAAUAUUGGGUGACAAAAAAGAGUGUUCUAAGAAAAUUAGGGGGCAAGGAAGAUGAAUGCAUUAUAUCGUCGGACGCCGAAUUGGACGCGAAAUUGGAAUUGUUCAAAUCUAUCAAUGAAAGCUGUGUUCAACUACAAAGGGUGAUUGAUUUGUAUCAAGAGAGAUUAUGUUAUCUGGCACAGGAAGAGAAUGCGUUGGGAAGGUAUUUAAAGGAGUGCGGCAAAGCAGAAAAAAAUGCAAGUGCCGCCCAAUUAAUGUCAACAGCUGGCAAGGCCUUGGCCUACACUGGACACCAAAGAUUGACCGUUAGACCUCCUUUGGUGAGAUUGCAUCAUGAAGUGGAGACAUUCAGAGGUAGAGCAGUAACAGAUACCAGAGGAACAUUGUCUGAAAUGGAAAAAGCCAGAACUGAAUACAGAGCUGCUUUGAGCUGGAUGAAGUCAGCUUCUGCUCAACUAGACCCAGAUACAGGGCAUGGUUUGGAUAGAUUUCGUAAAGCUCAGUCUUAUGUAAAAACUUCCAAGGAUAAGUUUGAUAAAUUCACACUUGCAUGCCUCCAGAAAGUUGAUUUGUUGGCUGCAGCAAGAUGCAAUAUGUUUUCACAUGCAUUGAUUCCUUAUCAGAAUGCCAUUUUGAAUUUUGCUACCAAAGCUGCAGAGACACAGAGUCUUGCCAAUACAAAGUUAAACCAUGUUAAACCUUAUGAUUUCACUGCUUGUAUUGAGCUGGCAACACCUUCUGAAUCUGAAUCUGAUAAGGAUAAAAAUACCUUUUUUAAUGCUGAGUAUUCUGAUUCAGCACCCAAGAGUGACAAGGAAGGGGAACAAAAAGAAAUAACAAAAGAGUCAGAAUCAGAUGUCACAAACUUACUGGGAGAGGAUUUCAAUCCCACCCUAGAAUCUCAACCAAUGAAACUUGACCAUUCCAAACCGAGCUCUGCUUUACUAGACCUAGGUUGGCCAUCAAACUCGGAUUUUCUUGGUGGUGACUUUAUGCCGUCCAAGUUGUUUGAAGACAGCUCAUUUAACUUUACCGCGCCUCUAGAAACUAAAAACGACCAACAAACCGCAAAAGAAUCGAAUAGUAAACCUAAGGUGAAUAAAAUGGACACUGCAAACCAAAUGUCUUGGCUGAGCCUUUUUGCUGAAUUGGAUCCCCUGGCCAAUCCUGAUCAUGCUGCAAAUGGCUCUGCUGGGGAUAGAGCUUGA